AUGAUAACAAUGACAAGUGACAAGUUUGACAUUUCUAGAAUCGCCAAAUCAAAUCUGAUGAUUUUUAUUCUAAUUGAGAAAGUGCCUUUUAUACUGAUCUACAGAGGAGGCAUAUCAUUUUUGAAUCAGAAUGCAAAAAGGGAUUUAUUUUUCAAAAAUUCCAGGAAGAAAAAAAAAGAAUCAAGAUGCAAAAAAGGGCAUUUUGUGUUAACUUCUAGAAAGAAAAAAAAAAGAGGUCUGAUGAAAAAUAAUGACAAGACAAAUUUGACGUUUGACGUAUCAGCAGGAAAAAACACAACACAACAGUUUUAG